UGUGCUGUGUCCCUCGGACACAGCGGAUCACCGCUCAACAGAAAGAGCCGAAGAUGUCAGCUCAGUCAUGUGAUCAGCUUUGUCCAAUCACAGCUGAUCACAUCAGUGUCACCUGUCAGUGUCCAUCAGUGCCAGCUUUCAGUGCUCAUCCAUGCCACCUGCCAGUGUCCAUCAGUGCCAAAUCACUGCCACAUUUCAGUGCCCAUCAGUGCCAUAUCAAUGCCAGUUAUCAGUGCCCAUCAGUGCCACAUCAAUGCCACAUAUCAGUGCCCAUCUGAGCUGCCUUUUAGUGUCACACAUCAGUGCCAUUCAGUGCCACCUAUCAAUGUCAGUCAGUGCCACCUAUCAGUGCUGCCAAUCAGUGCCACCUAUCAGUGCCAGUCAGUGCCGCCUAUCAGUGCCAGUCAGUGCCGCCUAUCAGUGUGCAUCAGUGGCACCUAUCAGUGCCCGUCAGUG